GGGGGUGUGUGUACACAUCGCGCAUCGUGUUGCGGUGCGGGGUGGAGGGCUUCUUGAAGUGCAUCGUUCUGCUGCUGCUGUCUUGUGUCGCCGCGGUGGAGAAGAAAAAGGCAAAAAAUCUAAAAUGUCCAUCAUCAUCGGUUGCUGCAAAUUUUGAUCGGAUUUGUUGCGCGGCUUUUGACACGGGUUUUGCCCCGGUUGUGAAACAUGGACACGGACACCAUCCCCGAUAUCCCGAAUGACAAUCCGGAGACUUACUGCCGGUUGUGUUUUUCUGGCUUCUACGUGGAGCCGCUUUUUCCGCCGGAUGGCCAUCCGAAACAGGCGGUGAUCGAUCUGAUUGCCCGGUUGGUGGACAUCCACGUGACGAUGGAGAUGGACUACCGGUGCGCGGUCUGUCGGAUGUGCCAGAUGACGCUGGAGGGAUUCCACAAGUAUCGGGAACGGUGCCGGACAUUGGAUGAUGUGCUGCAAAGGAAGCGCAUGGAAUUGAUGCACUUCCAAGUGAAGGUGGAGCAGCAGGAGGAGCUGGCCCAGAAUGCGGUGGGGUUCGAGGAGGACAUGGUUUACUGUUUGAGUGAUACCGAUGAUGAGGAUCAAGGAACUGGAGGAGGUGUCCUCGGGGAAGGUCUUGAACACGAGCUGGAAGUAGGACUGGUGGAAGACGAUGGGGAGGAGAUCGACGAGGAAGUGGAGGAAGAGCUGAUCCGAGGGGACAUGUUGAUAAAGCCGGAACCGUACGGAAUGGACGAUCAUGCAGGAAAAACCGUCGAAGAGGAAGAAUACGACGAUGACGAUGAUGACGACGACCAGGAACAUCAUUCUUCACCCCCGAAAAAUUUCGACACUGAGCAGGUUGUGGACCUGUUGGAAGAUUCGGAGGGAGAGGAUGAAAAAUCAAUGGAAGCGUCCACGAGGGCCAGUAGCGAAGCGAAGGGUGAGGACCGGGAAAAGGAGGAACCGCUGAAACCGUUGCCGUUUGAAGUCAGUUCGGAUGGGGCCUAUCGCUGUACGGUGUGCCAGGAGACGUUCCGGCUGAUGAAGGAAAUAAAGAACCACAUCCGCAAGCAGCACCCGGAGCAAUCGAUGAUCUAUUCUUGUCGCUUUUGUGCCAAGAAAUUUUCGGACACUAAUUCCCUGCGGGCGCACACCCGCUUCCACACGAUGGAUUUCCCCUUCUCGUGCGAGGAAUGUGGCGCCAAGUUCACGAUGAAGGCCCGUCUGGACAAUCACGUUUCGCGCUACCACGACAAGAACUCUCCGAGCUAUACGGACAAGCGUUUCAAGUGCACCUUGUGUCCUCGGAUAUUCCUACAGGAGUCGGGUCGCAAUUUGCAUAUGUUGCAUUUCCAUAAUAAGAAACCCGCAGAAUUUCUGCCGACGGAGGCCAUUCCGGUGUUGCAGGUUUUGUCUUGCGACGGGUGCAAUGAGCAUUUCGAUACCCGGGAAGGGAUCGAUGCGCAUUUUGCCGAGCACCACGCGAACGACGACGAAGAGUCCAGACCGAAGAUGUCCAAACGGCACAAAUGUCCGGAUUGUCCGAAAGUGUUCCGUCACCGUACUGCGCUGCGUUCUCAUUGUGUCAUAAACCACGGAACCAUGCCUCACAAGUGCGAUAUCUGUGGAAGCAGUUUCGAGCGAAGGACCAAGCUGGAGAAGCACAAACAGAACUGGCACGGGGAGGAUUCCAAGAACAAGGUACUAGAGCGCUACAAAUGUGACCAGUGCGAGAGAUUCUUCGUACGGAAUCAGGAUCGCUUCCGCCACGAGCAGGUUGUGCACAACAUUGAAUCGCCCGCGAAAUUGCCGACCGUUUGGGAAGGUCGUAAGAGUAACUUCCCCUGUUCCAAGUGUGAACGGAAGUUCCCCUCGAUGAAGACCAUGCGAAUACACUUUGCCCUCAAACAUCCGGAUGUCCCGGUGCGCUUCAAGUGUACGGUUUGUUCCAAGCUGUUCAAACACAAGACCUCACUGCGGGAACACAUGAUGAACCACACUGGGGAGCAUCCGUUCGGAUGUGACCAAUGUGAAGAGAGAUUCAUCCGCAAGAAGGACGUCGAUCGCCAUAUGGAAGAAAUGCACGGAUCGGACGACGACGAUGGCGAAAAGAAGGUUCGCUUCCCUUGCCCGUACUGUCCCCGGAAAUUGAUGACCAAGACUGCUCGCGCAAUUCAUGUCACGCAUAAUCACGCGGACAAGGAACCUAUCGCGAAGCAGGUACUAUCAUCUCUUCCAAAAUCCAUGGCCUGUCAGUACUGCAAGAAGGUGUUCACCAAUCGGAACACCCUUAAGUUGCAUAUUCUCAAUCAUCUGGGUAAGCUACCGCAUCAGUGCGACCAAUGCGACGCCGGAUUCUACAAACCGGCCGAUCUCCUACGUCACAAGCAACGCUACCACACCGGGGGAUCAUCCUUGUCGCUGGCCAAUCGCUUCAAAUGCGCCUACUGUCCCCGCAUCUUCAUCCGCAAAUCUGCUCGCCGCUACCAUCAUACCGUAUUCCACGGUAUCGAAAGGCAAGCAAAGCUUACCGGCUCCGGUUCCAGCGGCCAUAAACGGACAAAGAUCAAAGUCGAACCGGACAGCACCGAGUAUCCAUGUUCGCUCUGCUCCCUGGUCUUUGUCACCGGACAAAUGCUCCAGACCCAUCACCAGCAGCACCAUCCGGAUCAGCAGUUCUUCUACAAAUGUCCCCACUGUCCGAAGCGUACCGUCCACCGGAAUGCCUACGUGUCCCACAUUCGUCUGCAUGUCGGUGGCUAUCGCUAUCCAUGUGAUCAGUGCAACGUCAAAUUCGACCGGCAGGUCCUUUUGAUUCAGCAUAAAAAGCGCUACCAUUCGGACGACUCCAAGGACGUCCAGCGGUUCCACUGUCUGAUCUGCAACCGCGAGUUCCUCCGCAAUCAGGACCGCGUUCGCCAUCAGAUCGUCGUGCACAACUAUCAGGUGCAGAGCAGCGGAUCGCAACCCGCUCCCAGUCCGGGGCCGUCGUCCGCUGGUGGCAAGAAUCAGCUGCUGCUCAAAAUCAAACAGGAACGAGUGCAACUGGACGUCCCGAGUGAACCGGCCGAGGAGGAUUCCCAACAGCCGAAGAAGAAAGUAUUUGCCAUCUCCAGCGACGUGGAGGAAAUCGAUGAUGAUGAUGAUGAUGAACAAGAAGCUCCGCCUGAGGCGGAAGAGGAUCAGGAACAGCAUCAAGAACAGGAAGAACACUAUCAUUCCGAGCAAGAAAGCGGCCAGGAAAGUCUGGUGCCAACGAUCUCCAACGUGGUGUCGAUCAAGCAGGAAGCGAUGGCCGCACGGAAGGAAUACAAUGAAUACUAAGCAGAUGUCGACGUGUGAGUGUUUGCGCGUGUUUAGGGAGGUAAGGUAAGGUAAGAGAUGCAUUUAUUUCGAAUGAUUCCUGACGAUUUUCAAAAAAAUAUAACUUUAAAUGCUGCUAAAUAGUAAUAAAGAGUUUUGCGAAUUUGAGAAAUUCGAAGCGAU